ACAGUCCGCUCAUUCUGAGCAGCGCCACAGACAGAGAUGAAGCGAAUAACAGUCCGGGAGAAGAUGGACUACAUACCUGUAAACUAAACCGCACUAAACUGGAUCAUGGUUUUGUUACACGGAUUCUGGAUUCUAUACAUACUAUUUUCACUGCAAAGUUGCAAUGGUGUACAGGUGAUUGUGAAAGAUGAGAAGAAGUUCGCCAUGCUGUUCAGCUCCAUCGUUCUUCCAUGUCAUUACACCACCCACUCCUCCCAAACCGCCGUGGUGCAGUGGUGGUACAAGUCCUACUGUACAGACCGUACUCGGGAUUCCUUCACAUUUACAGAGUCCCUGGGGGUCCGUGUAUCUGAUCUGGGAGCCUCUUCUCAUCUGGACUGCUCUGACAACAGCCGCACAGUCCGCGUAGUGGCUUCAGCACAGGGAUCUUCCAUGACAUUAGCAGAGCACUACAAAGGAAGAGACAUCUCCAUCAUUAACAAAGCAGAUCUCCGCAUUGGACAGCUGCAGUGGGGCGACAGCGGUGUGUAUUUCUGUAAGGUGGUCAUUUCUGAUGACCUGGAAGGGAGAAAUGAAGGCCAGAUGGAGCUACUGGUGCAGGGUAGGACAGGUGUGCUGGAUGACAUCCUGCCUGAGUUUGAUUUGGAGAUUAUGCCAGAGUGGGUAUUUGUAGGAGUUGUGGUCCUUGGUAGUGUUCUCUUUCUGUUGCUGGUUGGGAUCUGCUGGUGCCAAUGUUGCCCUCACUCCUGUUGUUGUUAUGUACGCUGCUGCUGCUGUCCUGAUACAUGUUGCUGUCCAAAACACUUAUAUGAAGCAGGGAAGAUGGCAAAGAGUGGCCAACCUCCUCAGAUUGCCAUGUAUCAUCCUUACUACGUUCCUGGUGUUCCUGUGGUUCCUGUAGUUUCAUCAGCCGCACCAUCCAUCAUUCAACCCAAGUUGUCUACAGUGUCUCGUUCAGUAGAAAACAAUAUAGCUGGAACAGCUGACAGCCUAUCAGAACUGAGCUCUCUGCAUGAUGGUGACACAGACUUCAGACAGACCUAUCGGCAGGUCCAGAGGAAGGCACUACCACCCAUCAGUGACCACAUGGAAGAGCCACAUAUCCGAAUAGCAUCGACCGGUCACGGGUUUCCGCCCUCACACUAUCAGAGCAAUCACUCUCUGGAUGAACAUGAAAACAGAUGGAACUGCCGUUCUGAACACCUGCCCCGCAAAGCCUUUGAUGCUAGGGGGCGCACAGGGUCACUAGAUGAGCUGGAAGAGUUUGCUAUAUCAUACGGCCCACACGGCCGUCGGAGAGGUGACUAUCGUGGACCUCAGCGAGACUUUGAAAUGGGUCCAAGGUCACGGGACCAUCCCACGUCAUACCGAGAUGGGCCACGGUAUUCUCGUGAUGAUGAUGACGAUGACUGGCGUCGUAGAGGCUCACCACCUUCCCCACCAAAAAGGCGCAACACUGCUGACAGUGAGCGUUACCUUGCUCGUCAGAGGUCUUAUGAUGAUACCUACCUGAACUCUCUGCUGGAGCGCAAGGUUAGGGGCCAUGGAGAGAGAGCUGGGAGGGCUGAUGAUGACAGCGACACACCCUCAAAAGGCAGUUCCAAGAAGAGCAGUGACUGUUACAAUAGCAGAUCACCUAGCAACCGCACCGAGGAAGAAGAUCCUUUACCUCCGUACUCUGAAAGAGAAGCAGAGAGGUUUAGAAAUGAGGAGCAUAUACGAAGGGAACGGUACAGGACUGCUGAUCCUGCCAUGCAGCCUUUUUCAUACACACGUCCGGCCCAUGGACUGUCCCAUACGUUACAUGAGCGCAGGGAGGAUAGGGACAAACCCAGGAAACUGACCACUCAUCUAAGCAGAGACUCUCUAAUUGUGUGACGUCGUCAAACUGAACUGACAUCAUACUAAUAUCCGUCCAGCUGAAGAGAAAUGCCCCAGACACUAAGCAUCAACCUGACAGAAAGACACAUUUUAUGCAGGAAACAUGAACAUGAAGAGCUUGGGAACUUUUGCUGGUCAAGGGCAAGAACAUAUUGUGUGUCUUUUUAAUUUUAUCUAUUUGUGUCUAUGUGUCAAAAGAACUACUUUCUUAAUUAGUCCUCAGACAAAAACUGCACAAACAUUAUGUCCAAAAUGAGUUUGUGUUAAAAUGAGAUUCAAGUGCUAUAACAUUCCUUGAUAUUUCUUAUGUCUUCAGUACUGUAAUGGGACACUGUCUCUGAUAUUUCAAUAUUGCCAUUGCCUUUAUUUGCACUGUACUGUACUGUACAUUUUUGUCAAUUUCUAUCAGUUGGGUCUUGAGGAAAGCAUGAAAGACAAUGCUUUUCAUAAUGUGCCAAUUAUUUGUAUUCCACAGCUUUAAAAUAAUGAUUUUAAUAUGAACACUUGCUGUCUUUUUUUUCCUGAUAACCUCAGUAUGUUUAUGAUAAAAUAUCCCUGUUCUUUAUAAUCUAUAUAAGGCAUGUACACUUACCUCUUUUGUCUUGCUUCAACAUACAUAAAAAAUAAAUAAAUAAAUACA